AUGCCAUCGAUCUCACCGGCAGAUUUACUUGCCUGCUCAGGUCGGUGCUCCACGGAGCGCGACCUCCGGCUCCUCCAUGCCGCUCUCCUCCGUCGCCGCCACAUACUUCCGACGGUCGAUGCCGUCGCGGUGCUCGCCAAGCUCCUCCGCUUCGCCGCGGUGUCUCCCGCCGGCGACCUCCGCCACGCCUCCGUGCUCCUCUCUCUCCACCUCCCGUUCAUCUCAGCCGCCGCUUCCCACCUCGCCUUUUUCUACAACACCCUCAUUCGCGGCCUCGCUGUCUCCUCAUUGCCCAGCGCUGGCAUCGAGCUCUUCACCGCGAUGCGCCGCGCGGGCGCCGCUCCCGACGCCUUCACCUUCACCUUCGUCCUCAAGUCUUGCUCCCGCUGCCAUUCGCCUGGUCGGUUGCCUUCUGACCUCCACGCUCAGGCGUUCAAGCACGGUUGCCUCGGCGCGCGGAGCGAGCACGCUCAUGUUCAGAAUGCUUUGCUGCACGCGUACGCGUCUCGGUCCGCCGUCGACGACGCCCGCAGGGUGUUCGACGAAAUGCCCGCCCGGGAUGUAGUCUCCUUCUCGGGGCUACUUACGGCACACCUCAGAACCAACCAUCUGGACUCCGCGCGCAUGGUGUUCGACCAGAUGCCACACCGUGAUGUUGUUUCCUGGACUGCCAUGAUCUCUGCCUAUGCCAGGGCUUCGCGUCCACAGGACGCCCUGGCAUUGUUUGAUGCAAUGCCAGUGCAACCAGACGAGGUGACCAUGGUAAGUGUGGUGUCGGCAUGCACUGCACUUGGGGACCUUGCGACUGGGGAGCGUCUGCGUCAUUAUGUUGAUUCCAAUGAUUUUGGGUGGAUGGUUUCACUCCGCAAUGCACUCAUGGACAUGUAUGCUAAGUGUGGGUGCCUACCUGAAGCACGUGCUUUGUUUGAUGGGAUGGCAAUAAGGAGCUUGGCAUCUUGGAAUACACUUAUCUCAGCAUAUGCAUCACAUGGUGAUGAGGAAAGCACAAUUGCUUUGUUUCAUCAAAUGCUGGCUCAUGACAAUUUUGUGAAGCCAGAUGGGGUGACGCUGCUUGCAGUGCUCACCAUGUAUGCACACAAGGGCUGUGUUGAGGAGGGACGCACUGUGUUUGAUGCGAUGCAAAGAGGAGAUUAUGGCAAAGUGGAGCUGACCAUGGAGCACUAUGGGUGCAUGGUGGACUUGCUUAGUCGGGCAGGACAACUUGAGGAAGCUUACAAGAUGAUAGAGCAAAUGUCGAUUCCAAGCAAUGAUGUGGUCUGGGGUGUGUUACUUGGUGCAUGCCGUAUGCACGGCAAUAUUGACAUGGCAGAGAAGGCAGUCCAAAAACUAAGGAUCCUAAACCCACACGAGGGUGGUUACUACAUUUUGCUCAUAGAUAUGUACACAGCCGCUGGCCGAACAGCAGAAGCCAUGGAGGUUAGACGGACCAUGAAUAAGGCCGGGGCCAAGAAAACUACAGGCUGGAGCUGCCCGACUACUGUCUGUCUUCCUCAACAGUAA